AUGCCGCUCGUACCCACGGCUUCCUUCUUCCGCUAUCGCCUCAUCCUCCCUGUUCUCCCCUUAUACUCCUCCGCCCUCCUCCGCCGCCGAGUAGCCACUACCAUCUCCUUUUCUGCCGGUCGCCGCCUUUCCCCCAACAAAAACCUUCUCAACGCUAAAAACGCAGUCAAGGACCUCCCGUCCCUCUCCCGCUUCCUCUCCCCGGACGAAACACCAACUCUCCUUCCCGACCAGACCACCGGUUUUGUUGCUGCCGCCCAGGCCAAUUUUAUGCGCGUCAUCGUCGAUUCCAUUGGCGACUCUGAGUCCGGCGGGAAGGUGGGGACGCAGUUGCUCUGCGUUGUGAGAGCUUUGCUGAAGAAAAUUAGGAGAAAGGUACUGGUUGGAGACAGGGUUUUGGUUGGAUGGGUGGAUUGGGUGGAUCGAAGGGGGAUGAUUGAGGAUGUAUUUGAAAGGAAAACGGAGGUGAUUGAUCCUCCGGUUGCGAAUGUGGACCAUUUCCUGGUUCUGUUUUCAGUGGAGCAGCCAAAGUUGGAGCCUUUUACUUUAACUCGGUUCUUGGUUGAGGCUGAAUCCACCGGGAUUCCGCUCACUCUUGUUUUGAACAAGUGCGAGCUUGCUAAUGAGGAGGUACGCGAAGCUAACAUCAUAUUCGAUCUUUUGUGAUUAUUCUUGUUGCGA